CACUCUCGGCCAACUCCACUACCGGAUUUGGCAGAGAGCAACCUCCUCGGGAUGGGAAUGAGGGAUUAUGUUUCUCAAUUUUUGUAUUUUUAAAUUUUAAUUUAAUUCUAAUAAUUUUAAGAAUUACGUGGAAUUUAGGAAUUUUUUAAGUUUAUUUAUGCUGACUAGACAGUGACAUGGCUCAAAACUAAUGAUCAACUCUCGGGUUUGGUCAAAUUAGUAAAGUGUAUGGUUAGUUCGGGCCACGAUAUUAAUAAUUAAAAGGAUUGGUCAGGAUGUUAAAUAUGAGAGAAGUUCGGGUCAGACAAAUAUAUUAAUCGUAAAAUUAACUAACGAGAGAGUGUUUCCAAGAUAAAUGGUUAAGAGAAAGUCAAGAAUCGAGAGUCAAUUGUACAAAUGAGCACUUAUUAAAUUCCCACACACUUACCAUUUGCUUAUCCUGUAGCAAACCGAGUAAAACGAUAAUUUUUGAACAAAUUCAUUUCGUAACCCACUUGGUUAACAUCGAAGGGGCACACAAAUUAAGUGAAUCACAAGAUUUCAUAAAGAAAAAAAUAUUACACAAAUGAAUUAAUUCGCAUACACCGCCCCCGACACUCACACACUAGUUCGCAAAAAUGCGACUUUUUUAUAGAGCAUCAAAAAUUCACGACUUGUUUAUUACAAGAGCAUAGAUUUCUCAAGUAAGAGCUCGAUUAUUUGAUGACCAUCUUUUUUCAUGGAAUUAGCCUGGAAAAGGCCACUUCGACAUCACCAGAUGCCACCAGCAUAUCGUCCCAUCGCCGCCGAUCCUAACCAAGUCAUCGUAGAGUCUCUAUCGUUGGCUAGUCAUAGCCAACAUUGGCACCCUCCUUAAAUAUUAAUACUCUUACGCGUUCGCAAUAUUAAAUGCUUCAAAUAUCCACGCUCCACUAGGUUACCAAGUUAAGAUUCUUGGUUUUCGACUAAGAGCGCAUACCAAUUGCUUCAACCUCUUACCGAUGGCAGCGGCCAACAGAUCUGGAUGACAAUCUGGCGACUCCCGGUGCCGGAGUGAGUUCGAUGCUUUGUUUGGUUGGUUGCGCAGGGGAAGAUCAGUUCAAAUGAGGAAAGAACGAAACGACACCUGACGCAUGACGACUCUUGCUAUAGAUGUUAUACCCAGACAGAGACACUCCCUCAUCUUUUCAGGGACUGUCCGCCGGCAGCAUUUUUAUGGAGUCGCACAACCCGGGCAGAUACGCAGCACACGUUUCUUAGUCGCUCGUGGGACAACUGGCUGGAGUACAAUCUGUCUUGUGACGAGCUCUCACCAACCGGCCUCCCCUGGAAUGUGUUCUUUAGUAUAGCUUUGUGGUGCAUAUGGAAGAACAAAAACGAAGGAGUGUUUCAUAGAGUGGACAAGUCUCUCUCUGCCCCUUCCCUCGUCCAAGCGGUCAGAAUCAAGGCUGAGCUUUGGUUUCGUUCAUGGAAUGCCCUGAGUCCGCUGAUGGGGCGAACCAGGAUGGCUCCUCACUGCACCCUUUCCCAAGUUGGUUGGAAGCCACCACCGGCUGGUUGGCGGAAACUCAAUGUUGAUGGUGCGGCGAAUGGUAGCCAAUGUAUAGCUGGAGCAGGCGGGGUUCUACGAGACGCAGACAGCAGUUGGAUUGGAGGUUUCGUCUCGAGUUUGGGGUUGUGCUCAGCCACCAUGUCAGAGCUAUGGUCUAUUUAUCAUGGACUCAAACUGGCGUGGAAGCUCGGGUGUAGAACCCUCAUUGUAGAAUCAGACUCUCAGUUGACCAUUCAGCUUGUGAACAACAGGAUGGAUCCUCUCCACCCUUAUGCGGCCCCCUUAGCAGCUAUCAGGCUAAAAAAUGCUCAAGACUGGAUUGUGAAUCUAGUGCAUGUAUACCGGGAAGGGAAUAGAGUCGCGGACUGGCUCUCGAAGCACAGUCUCGUCUACCCCUACGGUAUGCAUGAAUUAGAAACACCUCCUAAUGAGCUUCUCUCGUUGCUUCAAGAUGAUCUCAGAGGCACUACUUUUGCUAGAAGCAUAGUGUCCCCUACCACCCACCCUUAAUCUCCCCUUGGCUCUAGGGGUGGGCAUUCGGUCGGUUCGGUUUCGACUGAACCGAAAUUAUGAAUAUCGGGUUCCCGAAUUCUUCCAAACCUCAAAUCGAAUUCGAACCGAACUAUAAUUCAGUUCGGUUCGGUUUUUCACACAAAACCAAAUUUGUGAAGCUACUUGUAUUUUCUCACUUUUAAAUUAUUUUUCACCUCUAAUAUAAACAAUGAAUAUUA